AUGAGCCCCGAGGAGCUUAAGCAACUGGAGCUGUUGCGUAACCGGUUCGCCCAGCUCACGAGCAAUCUCGGGAGCUUGCGAACAAGUGUCUCGAACUCGAAUCCCCUUCCCACAUACGAAUCCCUCCAAGCAUCCGUCAACAUCCUCCAAGCCAACAUCCGCUCCAUCCAAGACAUCGCCACCGAAAACGCCGGCUUGUUCCAGCGCCUCGCCAUCCACCCCUCGACGAACUUCCCCGGCCGCACCCAAGAACACAUCCUCACCCAACUUUUACGCAAAAAACUCGAGCCGAACGUGGAGAGCUGGGUGGAAGAGGCGCGGGCGACGGCGCGGGGCGUGGGGGUGGACGCGAGUAAGCUGGCGGGCGGGGUGCACCGGCGCGGGGAGCACGACUACGACGACGAGGGCACGUACGGCAUGGACGAGGACGGCGACGACGCGCCCCAGGACCCCUUCAGCGAGCAGUGGGCCGACAUGCUCGACAACUUCCAGCAGACCCUGCAGCAGUACGUCACCGUCCAGGUCAAGAAGAAGUACACGGCCGAGGAGCGCGCGGCCGGGAUUGAGAAUGUCCGCACGGGCUUGAGGCAGACGCUGGAGGAGAGUGAGGAUGAUGAUGAGGAUGAGGAGGAGGAGGAAGAGGAUGAGGAGGAGGAUGAGGCUGCCGCUGCCGCGGGCAACGCUGGGGGUCUGGCUACUGGGGCUGGGGGCUCUGCUGCAGCUGGCGGGGGGAUGUUUGGGGCGAUCGAGCCAGAGCACAUCUUCUACUUGCAAGCACAAGGCAACCUGCAGCUUCCUGGGAAUGUCCCGAUCGAGUCGAAGCGCAUACAAACGGUACCGACUCGGCGGGUGGCGCCGCCGAGGUAA